AUGGAGCUUUCGACAUAUAAAGGUAUACAAAAGUCUAAACUUCGACAAUUUAGAGAAAAAUUAACCGAACAUUUAUGGCUUCUUGGUUAUACUAUCAUCGUAUUAUCGUAUUUGAAAUACGGGGGGAAUAUAAUAAUAUUUUUAUUAAGGUGUUUCUUCCAGUCAGUUUUGGCUAAUCCAUUUCCGGAUCAUGAUGAGGUGGUGAGGCAGUUAUUGUUUACCGGAAAUGUGCAUAGUGUACCGGGAUCAUCCCUAGAGGAUGGAAGAUCUGGUACUGGGUCAAACAGUGAUGCAAACAAUGAUGAACAACAGCGAACAGCUCGGGCAGCAGGCAUGGCUAUAGACGUUAUUGUAAACAUGCAGCGGGCCCUGUUUCAUGGUGUUUUUACGUUGAAUUGGCUUAUAGUUAUAGUUUGGAUAUUAUUCCCUACCGACUACGAAAGCAAGAUUGAGAAUUUCAAGUAUGAUGGGUAUCCUGCUUUGCUGAACACGCCUUCGCCUUAUAACAACGAUAAUUUUUUAAUUCAGGGCGAGUGGAGAGGAACUUGGUUUUUUCAGUUCAUUGGGGAGUCCAUUCCAACAUCUAAUAUCACUGGUAACAUAAUGGCGAUUGUUUACCAGUUUAUGAUAUUCGCAGCGCAGUUUACCUUAUAUGUUUUGACCUGUGUUCAUUUUUCACCUCUCAGGAAGAGUCAGCUAUCAGAAGAGGACGAGCACCUAUUAAUGGAUAAUGAUAGCUACGAAAACGGAAACAUCAAUAUAAUAACCUUAAAUCCGGGAGAAGCACUUAAAUUUGUGCACAACCAGGACAGUUCCCAACAGACCGAUAGAAGGAAUGUCUCGCCAUCCUUCUUAGUCUGA